AAGGGUUUUCGCUCAGUGUUCUCAUUCGGUUCAUUCCUACUCUUGCUUAUCAACGAUCUUCCAUGGCUGAACCCACCACCUCCGAUACUCGCUUCAACGUCUCUUCUGCACCUCCAUUUCAGAUCUCCAAAGAUGUACUCAUCAUACGGGCAGAACUGUAUCAGGCAUACAUGAAGCAGAUCCCAAUCCCUAGUGAUCGAGGCUCAGUCAUCCCAUUUACCUCAUGGAUGGGAUUAGGCAGAUCCAUUAAGCAGUUAUAUGGGCAACCUCUUCAUUACCUCACAAAUGUCCUCCUUAAGCAAUGGGACCAAUUGAGAAUUGGCAGUGAGGAUGAAUAUAAGCCCUUAGACAACAUAAUUCAUCCGUGCAAAGCUGAAGCCACUAUCUGGCUCAUGGAAGAAGUACAUCGACAAACCUCAUCGCAUGCGCUUAUCGCUGAACUCUGGAUGGUGGAUCCGAUGUACCAUGGUUUUAUUGAUUCCAUUUUCCCAACAUUAAAGCACACCUCAUGAAGCCAUUUAGUUUAGUCUUUAGAGGCGUUGUAUGGUAACAUGUAGUAGAGAUCCUGAAGAACCAUAGAGAGCUUAAAACAGUAGAGCACACCUCAUGAAGCCAUUGAGUUUAGUCUUUAGAGGCGUUGUAUGGUAGCAUGUAGUAGAGAGAUACUGAAGAACCAGAGCUUAAAACAGGACAUCGUCCAUGCAUAGAACAUGAUCUGGCCUAUCCCAAACUGAAGUUUAGUUUAAGAAUGUUAUCUUUUGUCCAUUAAAAAUGUUUGUCAUUAUAAACCAGUCUGUCAAAUAGCAAAUACUUACCUAUUUGUAUAUAAAAACUAUUAAAAAAAACUCACGUCCUCGUUGAAUAUACUUUACUAGUUUUCUAUUAU